GAACAGCAUGAAUCAUUAAUAAAGGCGGCAGUUUAAAGGACAUGAGGAUAAAAGGAAACGUAAUGGAGUGACCCGCUCCAACCGGAAAGAUGUUCUGCUUCCGUUUAAAAACCGGGAGGUCGUCGGUCUCUUUACACAAGCUCUUCCUCCUCUCUUUGCUUCACAUGAGAGCUCAUCACUUCAGUCUCUGUCCUCAACAUUCAUGGAGACGUCUUCACAGUGGGAUCAUUCGCUCUCUGUCAACCGGAUCUCAGUCCAACCCUCCUGAGGCUGAGAGCCCUAUCUUAGAGCAAAACCGCAGUUCCUCCUCUUCCUGGUCCCCCAAACAGGGACCCCCACUUGCUCCCACCCAUUGUUGCAUGAGCGGCUGCCAUAACUGCGUUUGGAUCGAACAUGCCGAGCAGCUCCUGGCGUAUUAUCAUGACGGAGGAGACAGAGCACUCGCUGCCAUAGAGGAGAACGUUCUUGAUGAGAACCUUAAAACAUAUCUUAAAAUGGAAAUCAGACUGCUAAAAAAGACAUAAUGAUUUACUGAUGAAGGACUUUCUACUCUGUAUGAUAACUUC